AUGGCCCCCUCCACGGCAGUCGCAAAGAAGGAGACCGAUGCCGUGAUCCCAGUCGAUCCGGAUCAGACUCUCAAGGCUUGCAAAGCGCUCCUCGCACACAUCAAGAAGGCCGCUGCGGCCCCGCGCCCCGAUGGCAAGCAGAACCUUCUCGCCGACGAGGAAUCGACGGUCGCUGAGACUCCGAUAUGGCUUACUCUCACUACAAAGAAGCAUAUCCAUGAUUCUCACAGGCUUCAACCUGGAAAGAUCAUUCUUCCUCACCCUCUCAACACCAGUGAAGAGAUUAGCGUCUGCCUUAUCACCGCUGACCCCCAGCGGUUCUACAAGAAUGCGGUCGCCGACGAGUUCCCCGAGGACCUCAGGGCCAAGAUCGGCAGAGUCAUCGAUAUCAGUCACCUCAAGGCCAAAUUCAAGGCGUAUGAGGCCCAGCGCAAGCUGUUCAGCGAGCACGACGUCUUCCUCGCCGACACACGGAUCAUCAAUCGUUUGCCCAAAGCGCUCGGCAAGACUUUCUACAAGACGACCACCAAGCGCCCCAUCCCCGUCGUUCUGAUGGCGCAGAGAGAGAAAGUUAAUGGGAAGCGGGUGCCUGCUCCCAAGGGGAAGAAGGAGAAGCGUGAUCCCCUCGAAAAUGCCAACGCUCGCCCAAUUCCCGAGAUCGUCGCCGAAAUCCGGAAGGCCAUCGGUGCUGCUCUGGUCCAUCUGAGCCCAUCCACCAACACGGCAAUCAAAGUUGGCUACGCGAACUGGGAGCCAGAGAAGCUUGCGGCCAAUAUAGAGACUGUUAUCCGUGAACUUGUUGAGAGAUUCGUCCCGCAGAAGUGGCAAAACGUGCGCAAUUUUUACGUCAAGGGCCCUGAGACGGCCGCGCUCCCCAUCUAUCAGACCGACGAGCUAUGGUUAGAUGAGUCCAAGGUUGUGCCGGACGGUCAAGAGCCUGCCAGGGCUCUUCCUGGGAAGCGCGAGAAGGCCAACAUUGGCAAGAAGCGCAAGCCCUUGGAGGACGCUUCCCAGCCUGCAUUAGAGGAGACUGGCAAGGAUGAGCGGCCGAAGAAAAAGGCGAAGAAAACUCUCCCCGAAAGCAAUGAUGACAAGCUCGACAAAGCGAUCGCCGAGCGGAAGGAACAGCUUAAGAAACAGAAGGCUGCGGCUAAGAAGGUCGCUGCUGAUAUCUAA